AUGGACGACGACGUCAAGUCCGCCGCGAACGCCAUGAAUGAUCGAGGCGCUGACUUGGACUUUGAGGUCUCUGUGGUCGAAGGCGAUGAACUGGAAGACGGACUCUUGUCCGUCGAAGUGCGCGAGACCCUCAUGGGGUCCAAGAGCGCCGCCUUUGGAGAAGACGGGAAACCGCCUGGACGCCCUGUCGGUCUCUGUGGCUGCUUCUCGUUAUCGUUCUACCAGCCUUACUUUGACGUGGACACGUCAGAUGUCCAGCUGCGGCUGAUGCAAGCCCUGCUGCCAUUCAAGAAAGAACCGGUGUUUGCUGAGCUAGCGGUGAAGUCACCCGAUGCUUAUGGACCGCUCUGGCUCUCCACGACGCUCAUCUUUUGCCUGGCGUCGUGCAGCAAUGCGGCGUCCUUCUUGGACUAUGGCGGCAACACGGACGAGUGGAUGUACGACUUCAGCCGUCUCGCUUCGGCGUACACGCUGGUGGAGAUCUUUCUUCUCGGCCUACCUAUGCUCAUCUGGCUCGUGGGUAAGUAUUUCCAAGUGCCUAUGACUCUGCUCUUUCUCGUGUGUCUCUACGGGUACUCUUCGAUUAUGUUUAUCCCCGCUGCGAUCUUGUGCGUGUUUCCCAUUGACGCCAUGGACUGGGUCGUCAUGUUGAUGGCCAUGGCGUGGUCGCUUUUCUUCUUGCUCAACAACCUCUGGCGCGUCAUUUCCGAGCACUUGACGAAAGAAAAAAUGCUGCCAGUGUUGGCAGUCAUCAGUGGGGCGCACAUGAUGUGGGCCGUCCUUAUGAAGCUGCUGUUCUUUUAG